CUCCAUUCAUGUCACUCAAUAUUGACAUGGUAACAUGGUUCCCGACGGAGUACAUGCACCUUGUCUGCCUGGGAGUCAUGCGGCGACUGCUGAAGAAUUGGGUCUGCCCAGGGUACAGCAAAAGACUGAGCAGAGUGCUACGGAGCCGCCUCAAUGAGGGCCUACGACAAUCAGCCGCUUUUUUCCCAAGUCACUUCCAGAGGAAGCCAAGGGGCACCGAGGAGCUGGAUCGAUGGAAAGCGACAGAGUAUCGGACGUUUCUUCUCUACGUCGGGCCAGUACUUCUGAAGCAUGUCGUGACCCCUGAACAGUACGAGCACUUCUUGAUGUUGCAUGUGGCCAUCAGGAUUCUCGUGUCACCAAAGUACCAUUUGGUCUUUAACCAGUUUUCACGGGACCUGCUUAGGUACUUCGUACAAGAGUUUGGCAAACUCUACGGAGCGAGACAGCUUGUGUAUAAUGUGCACACCCUAAGCCACCUCGCUGACCAGUGCCUCGAUCAUGGGCCUCUUGACAGCUUCAGCGCUUUCCCCUUUGAAAGCUACCUGGGAAAGAUAAAGAAGAAGCUGCGGUCCUCAAACAAGCCGCUCGCGCAGCUCAGUAGAAGAAUAUCUGAAGUGCGACAUACUGCACACAUCCAGGCCAAAGCUGUGCAGCACCAAGUCAAGCCAGGUGACUGCUUUAUGUUCUCCGAGUCUCCUGUCGUCGUCCUAAAGAUUCUGAGUGAUAGCUUCGAGGGAGGCAUUUUACCCAACCCAAGAAAUUUCUUCAAGGUGCCCCUGAAGUCCUCCGAACUUGGCAUCUGGCGGUGCGAUUCUAUCGAACUUGAAGCAAAGAUCUGGCCCCUUGCUGAUCUUCAGAAUGCUGUUCAAUGUGUUAAGCUUGAAUACAAGCAGGGGCACGUCGUGCUGCCACUUCUUCACCUGUUCUGA